CGCGGACCGCGGCGGGGCGGAGGGAACGAUGGAGAAUUUUACGGCGCUGUUCGGGACUCAGGCUGAGCCACCACCGCCUCCAACCUCACUAGGCUUCGGAUCUGGGAAACCUCCGCCCCCGCCACCCCCCCCUCCGGGAGGAGGACCCGCCACAGCCCCGCCCCCCACUGCGACCACGGCCCCUCCUGGCGCCGACAAGUCCGCGUCGGGCGGUGGUCCCUUCUACCUAAUGCGGGAGCUGCCAGGGAGCACAGAGCUGACCGGCAGCACCAAUCUGAUCACACACUACAACCUGGAGCAUUCCUAUAACAAAUUCUGUGGAAAGAAGGUGAAAGAGAAGCUAAGUAACUUCCUGCCUGACCUGCCAGGGAUGAUUGAUCUGCCUGGUUCCCAUGAUAACAGCAGCCUCCGCUCCCUCAUCGAGAAGCCUCCUAUUCUGGGCGGCUCUUUCAACCCUAUCACGGGGACCAUGCUGGCUGGCUUCCGCCUCCACACUGGUCCGUUGCCAGAGCAGUGCCGUCUGAUGCAUAUUCAGCCUCCCAAGAAGAAGAACAAGCACAAGCACAACAAACAGAGCCGUACCCAGGAUCCUGUCCCCCCAGAAACACCAUCUGAUUCAGAUCACAAGAAGAAGAAAAAGAAAAAAGAGGAGGAUCCUGAAAGGAAAAGGAAGAAGAAAGAGAAGAAGAAAAAGAAGAAUCGACACAGUCCAGAUCACCCGGGCAUGGGCAGCUCGCAAGCCAGCAGCAGCAGCAGCCUCCGCUAAGAGGAUCCCUGGGCUGCCCCGGGACCGGCCCGCAGCACUGAACCAGCUGACAGACUGCUCUCCAGGCUCUGGGCGUCUCCCCACAGCGGGACAGUUAGGAUCAAUGUGUCACAGAAGGACUGCGCUUCCCUACGGUUCAGCCCAGGCUGCUUCCUCAUGGACCUCUUCCUCUCCCAGGAAGCUUUCUAGUGAUCUUUUGUGUGCAAUUUGUCUGAUUUUUUUUUUUGCAUUUAUCAAACUGACUGAAGUGUUACUGCCUGUUAAGAGGUAAGUGCCUUUCUGAGUUAGGGUUUAAGCCAAGGCAUGCUAAGUUCUGAAGGGAUUUGGGUCAUCUUUAUGUCAUCUUAGUGGGCAAAAAAAUACCCUACCAAAAGUAGGUCUAAAAGGCAGGGCCUGCUAAUUAACCUGUCCACCAAGAACACAUAACUUUGACUGUGAUAAUGAAAACCAAGCACCUGGAUGAUUUUUCAGGCACCGUAUGAAGAGUUGAUCCAGUCAGAGCUCGGUUGUUUUAGGUUACUUUGGUGUUCAUACAGAAGUACCUACAAUCACAUUAUUUCAACAAGGUUGCUACUUGGUCAAGCCUGUGAUUCUUUUUUUAAAUAAACCUCUGGCAAGUAAAGGUAAA